CUCUCUGCAGCGAGUCAAAGAGAAAGGCAAUAAAGGGAGGCAGGAGCUGCACUUUGCCGACGAGCAUCUCUGCCGUCCUGCUACACUACAGUAAUCACUGCCCCGCUCGGAUCUGCGAAAAAUACACACGGACUUCUCUGGAAAAAAGGCAGAGUUCAUCCAUGUAACUCGGGUCAGUCCGAAACUGCGCCGUGUACCUGGAUAAGUCCAUCCCGACGAGAAGAGAGAGAAAAAGACAGAGACAGCCGCGAGUGGAGUGUCGACGUAACAUUGUGAAGGCAAAGAGAAGAAUAUGAUUGUCAAGCAGCACUUGAUCUUCAUCCUUUACAGCCUCUGUGCAAACGUCUAUAAAGUGGCUGGGACAAAAAGCAAAGCGAAAGGUAGCCAAGGUCAGUUCCCCAUAACUCAGAAUGUGACGGUGGUGGAGGGCGCCACAGCCAACAUGACCUGUCGUGUGGAUUACAAUGAUAACACUUCCCUCCAGUGGUCAAACCCUGCACAACAGACCUUAUUCUUUGGGGACAAGAAAGCUCUGAGGGACCACAGAAUCGAGCUGGUGCGAGCCUCGUGGCAGGAGCUCACCAUCAGAAUCAGUGACGUCAGCCUGUCAGACGAGGGCCAGUACACCUGCUCGCUCUUCACCAUGCCUGUCAAGACCACCAAGGCCUUUCUCACUGUUCUGGGAGUGCCAGGACGACCAGAGAUCACGGGAUUCACCAAGCCUGCCAUGGAAGGGGACGUAAUCACCCUGACGUGCACCACAACGGGCAGCAAACCAGCUGCCAGCAUCCGGUGGUUCCGAAAUGACAAGGAGGUCCAAGGUAAUACGAAAGUGAAUGCCACAGGAAAAUCAUUCACAGUGAAAAGCAGCCUCCAGUUCCAGGUGGACAGGCAGGAUGAUGGCAUCGCCUACACCUGCAGCGUGGAGCACGUGUCUCUGCCCAACCCUUACAUGACAACCGAGGUCCUGGAGGUCCACUAUGCUCCCCAUCUGGAGAUCACACAUUCGCUGAUUAUUCCACAGGAAGGGCAAUACUUUAAAUUGGAGUGUGUUUCCAUAGGCAACCCAAUACCUGAACCGGUGCUGUGGUCUAAAGAUGGAGGAGAGCUGCCAGACAUCGAGCGUAUGAUUGUGGAGGGCAGGGAACUAACCAUCACCACACUAAACAAAACAGACAAUGGCACAUACCGCUGUGAGGCCAGCAACCAUCUGGGGACCAGCAGUGCUGAAUAUGUACUGUUUGUAUAUGAUCCGAAUGCUUUAGGACAACAUGGACCUGACCAUGCUUUAAUCGGCGGUGUCGUUGCUGUCGUGGUCUUCAUUACCUUGUGUCUGAUAAUAGUUCUUGGACGAUAUCUGGCCAGACAUAAAGGGACGUAUCUAACACAUGAGGCCAAAGGAGCAGAGGACGCCCCCGAUGCAGACACAGCCAUCAUCAACGCUGAGGGAAACCACGUGCAUGCAGAGGAAAAAAAAGAGUACUUCAUCUAGACUUCUGUUACUCUUUUCCUUCGUUUCAUGACAACUUCUGACAGCAGACAUGCAAUUAUAAGCUGCCUCGGCGUUACUACAUGACCUGUUUUGCUUUAUUCUUUUGUCUUCUCCAGAAAGCUCAUGCUUGGAUAUGCUUGUUUUCAAAGCAUUUGCUGAUAAUAUAGCCUUCUCCUUUUGUAAUCAGUGUGAACCAUGUACAACUGAAUUAUUUCUGUUUUACGGUGCCUAAAUGCUGUACAUUUUUCUGCAUUUCUUUCAUCGCUUGCAAUAACUUUUAUCCUCUACUCUCUCUUAAUUCACCUGGUAUACAACUUUUUGCAAAUUUUUUUUAAAACUCAGAAGAGACAAGAAAUGUGCAUCAACUCAAGUUAGAGUCAAGUUUUAGGUUUUUCAAGCUGUUUCAGACUGAGCAGAAUAUAUUAAAUACAUCAGUUCAUCAGACAUUAACAUCAGAAGACUCUUCUUAGGGAUUAAACAGUGGUGUUGGAUGUUGCCUGGAGUUUAACCUACUGUGGCCACACCACACACACUCAAAAAUCAUAAAAUAGACCAGACACUUUGACAAAAGAAAACAUAACAGCAAAGUCUAUCUGAUUGUUUCUGGAUGAAAUUAACUCCCUCUUAGCACUGUCUGUAUAUUUCUGCAUUGAUUUUUUUUUUGUUUGUUUUUUUAAGGGGGGGGGGGAUUUUUUUGUCUGCUCAUGCAGUUAAGUUGUACCAACAGAGAACAAGUUAGAAAAUUAAAGCACAAAGUCAGAAGACUAACAUGGAGGGAAAACACAUCAACUGUUUCUUGUCUCAGGAUUCAAUUUGAGUCUAGAAGGAGAGAUGAUGGCAGGCAUGUGAUGGGGAUUUCAGUACAGUUGCAGAUAUCAUAAUGGAUGAGGAACUUAAAUUUUGGCUGGUGAUUUAAUAUUAGAUCCAAACUGAAUGAUUGGAACCUUGUGUGGGUUCAUUAUUUAUGUUGAAUUUUAUUGAACAACUAUGCUCAGUGUGUGGAUAUUGCUGUAACAUACUUUGCUAAUGUGACUACUGGUGAACAAUACUGUUGAAUCUCGGGAUCCCUGACACGUUACAAUUUGUAUAUUAGCAUAUACAGUAUUUAAAUUAUUCCUCAAGUCUUAAUGUUUUGUUUUUUUUCCAUUUAUCAAACAAGAUGUUGUUUUGCCAGAUGGCUUGUAAAUAGUGUGUAAUUAUUCAGUUUUAGUAAAGGAUAAAACACUAGAAAUAGCUUUCAAUUUUAGGUUGUAUCAGUUCCCAUCACUUUGAUGAGAUUGUUUUCACACUUAACUGAGAUUUUUUCAAACAGGGAUUCUAAUGAAUUGCUUAAAAUGUAGAAAAAAAAAGAAAAAAAGGAAAAAAAUCUGGUCAAAAUAUAUGUAUUUAUUAUUAUGAUUGAUUGACAUUUAUUAUAUAAUACUCUGUUGAUUGAUAUUAUUGCUGUUACUAAAGUAGUUGUCUGACAUUAACUUUUCCAUUUUUUAAUUCUGUGACUUAUCAUAAAAAAAAAAUGACACAAGGAUCACCGUUAUGGCCUUUGAGUUUGCUGCAAACAGUUCUAAUGACAUGUUCAGGCAUUGGUGAAUCAGACAUCCCCUCACUGUAUAUAGUCACUGUAUCAAAGACAUUGAACCACAUUGCCAAUGCUCAUACAUGUUAUUUUGUUAGUUCACUAUGAUGCUAUAAAUAACUCAUUUUGUACAAAGUUUUAAUCGCUGUAAUUAUUUUGCUUUUUAUGGGGGAUGUGUGAGGUUUGCUUUUUUCUCAGUAUUGAUAUUCAUUUUUCAACUAUGCCACUGUAAAAAAAAAAAUUAAAAAAGAGAGACAAAGUGCGGAUUAAAAUAUGAACAAUUUGAAA